AUGUGGCUCAUCAACGCCAAAACCCUCCGAGUGGAGCAGUUCGACGACCCUAGCACCGUACCACAAUAUGUCAUCCUUUCUCACACUUGGGAAGAUGACGAGGUCUCCUUUCAAGAUGUACAAAAUCUCGACUUGGCUAAAAGGAAGAAGGGAUUCUCAAAGAUUGGAGGGGUCUGUACCCUGGCCAUAGAGUCUGGCGUUGACUUUGCUUGGGUUGAUACCUGCUGCAUCGACAAAACCGAUAGCGUCGAGUUGGGGGAGGCCAUCAACUCCAUGUAUCGCUGGUACGCACAGGCUACGGUUUGCAUUGUCUAUCUAAGCGACCUACCAGCUACCGUGACGGCCUCGGCCAUGGCUGCUGAGCAGUUGCAUACCUGCAAAUGGUUCACAAGAGGUUGGACUUUGCAGGAACUCAUCGCCCCAAGGAUUGUUAAAUUUUACAACAGCGCAUGGCACUUUGUUGGAUCAAAGAGUGACCACUUUGCGUCUGCCAUUGCCAGCUUCACCAACAUUGCCAAAGACGUCCUACUUCACAACAAAGAACCUUCAGAUUUCACCGUGGCUCAACGUAUGUCCUGGGCAUGCGGCAGAAAGACAAAGCGACCCGAAGAUAGGGCGUACUCCUUGUUGGGACUAUUCGAUAUUAGCCUGCCCCCUGUUUAUGGCGAACAAGACAAGGCUUUUCAACGCCUGCAGGAGGAGGUCAUCAGAACAAACCCCGACAUGUCUAUCCUGGCUUGGCAUCCUGUAUCGCCUGGUCCUUCACGUCUGCGGUUAUUUGCUUUAUCUCCAGACGAGUUUCAACCUCGAAAUUGUCCAAGGCGUCUUCGAUGGGGCCAUACCACCGUCACAAACAUGGGCUUGAAAGUUCACAAGGCAUCACUCAUCUGUGUGCAAGCUCCUAUCCACCCAAAAAUGGUGGAAUCUCUAAUAGCCGAACAAUCUCAGCGGUCAAGUCAGGCACCCGAUGCCAUCAUACCUUUUCCAUUUCGACAGGAUGUCCCUGAAUGUGAUAACAUUGUCCUCUACGCACUGGUUGUCGGUCAGUUCCAGGACGGAAACACAUGUGCAAUAUUUUUGCGAAAGACAGGGCCUGGAUUCUUUCAGCGUGAAAUGGCCUUGCCGUUGGCCACCAUCCCCAAGAAUUUUAGACAUCCCCUGUCUAAUCUACGAUAUCCUUGGGACGCCCCAGACAAGGUGGUCAUUUAUACAACUCCUCAACAACACAGCAUUCAGCAUGUCCACCGUGCCAUACACUUUCCUCUUUCCUAUAACUUUCGAUGCAAAUUCUCACUCAAAGGGGAACAAGCCGAGAUACAGCCCAACAGAACCGACUGGGAUCCUAACACUCGAGUCUUGUUUCGACCAGAAAACGCCGACAGUCUACAUGUGGUUCCAUUGGAGGUUUACAUAGAUGGUGAGACGGUAAAGCUUGUAGGGCUCGUCAACUGGUACAUUCCACCGCGAAUUGAUCUUGUCUCUCGGGAUAAGCACCCAGACAUAUUCAACUACCUGGUCAGUAUCCCGGGAGACCAGAGAAGGAGGUGGAUUGACCUGUCAACUUUUAUUGGAUCUUCAAGGCUACGUCCAAUGGGAGAAGAUAUUGUCGUUGUGGUACGCGGGAAACGGCACCGCAUUGGUGUAUAUUUGAAGCCGGAAGGUUCAAAGCCCAAGAUGUAUACCGCUGGCUUUUCCGUCAAGAGCAUCCCAUCUUGGGAUCAGGGAGAUGACACUGCUGUGGAGACAGGGGAUGAGAGUUUGGACGAAAUGGAGGACAAUCAAGAUCGAGAAACUCCAGAUGCUUGGGGUACGGAUAGCAAUGACUCUGACGAAGUUCACGCGAAACAAAGGAGAUCGUUGAUUCGAUCAAAAGACAAAUCCCAUCCAACAGGAAUAGAGUUCUUGGAUGCAGACAUGCGAGAUGCAUCACAAGUUGACAUUCCUCAUGCGCCAUAUCUGGAAGAUGGCGGGUCUCCUAGCUUCCAGUCUAGUUUCCCACCUAGACAUUUGGCAACAAUGAUGCCAUCGGGAAUCGAAAUAAGCGACGGCGCGGCUUCAAGUGGUUCAACGAGACAAAGACAUAGGAUGAGCAGCGCAAGCGUAUCGAAGCCACGAGAAAGCAGGCGAGAGGCAAGAGACCCCAAGACGAUAGCCAAUGACGAAAUGCCCGGAUAUAUCAGAGCAAAGCCAGUGGUGGCGUCAUGUGAAAUCGAAAGCCCAGGGCUACCGCUUUCAAGUGUUCCUCAAGCGGAACCUGUUAGUGUCGUGAGUCCAUCAAAGCCACACACAAACAUGCAAGAGGGGCGAGAAUCCAAAAAGAGAUUGAUGCGAGAAAGGUCCGACUAUCUGAGUGGACUGGAGAAGAAACGUUAUUUGAGGCAGGUUCGGGCUCGCAAGGAAGCCGAACCUGCACAGAUAUUGCCUGCGUCGCCGAGGGUGGAUUUACUUGACAGCCCCCCGUCGCCUAGAUACAGCCCAGUGCCAUCACAGCCCGAUAAGCCCUCACUGCAGCAGAUGAACCUUGAGUGA